CUGUUUUCCUGUGUUUUAAAGCUGAUAACUGAGACCCAUAAUGGCAGACACAGGAGAUGGACCACAUGUGGAGGAAGAUCUGACAGAUGCAAAAUCUAUUUCUAGUUCCAAAGGAAAGAACCUACCUGCUAGCAAGUCUGUGGACUCUGAAAUUCUGCAAGACAGCAGAUACAGAAUGGAUUAUCCAGAGAUGGGGGAAUGUGUGAUAAUAAACAAUAAGAACUUCCACAAACAUACUGGGAUGUCACCCCGUUCAGGUACGGAUGUGGACGCUGCACGUGUCAGAGGCGUUUUUAGGACGCUGGGUUAUAAGAUAAAGAUCAACAAUGAUCUUUCGUGUGAGGACAUUUUUAAUCUGUUGCAAAAUGUUUCUGAAGAAGAUCACAGCAAGCGAAGCAGUUUUGUCUGUGUGUUGCUAAGCCAUGGUGACGAAGGAUUAAUCUAUGGUACUGAUGGCCCUCUGGAACUGAAAGCGCUCACGAGCCUUUUCAGAGGUGACAGGUGCAAAAGUUUGGCAGGAAAACCCAAGCUCUUUUUCAUUCAGGCUUGUAGAGGGACAGAAUUAGAUUCUGGGAUUGAGGCAGACAGUGCAUCAGAAGAAACAGUGUGUCAGAAAAUACCUGUAGAAGCAGACUUCCUGUAUGCAUAUUCUACAGCUCCAGGUUAUUACUCCUGGAGGAAUUCAGCUGAGGGCUCCUGGUUUAUUCAGUCACUCUGUAAAAUGCUGGAGAAACACGCAAGGGAGCUCGAACUCAUGCAGAUUUUAACUCGGGUGAAUCGCAGAGUGGCAGAGUAUGAGUCCUGCUCAACUCGGCAGGAUUUUAAUGCAAAGAAACAGAUUCCAUGCAUUGUCUCUAUGCUCACCAAAGAAUUUCACUUCCCUUCAUAACAAAUUUCACCUUGUAGUUUUUAAGUUUGUGUUUUCAUCUGUAAUUUAUAUUCUGAAUUACUGUUUGCUCCUUUGUGAUGUGAUGAAUUGACUUGAAGAAUAUGUUCCUUAUUAGAAGCGAAACACAAUAUGACUGUUAGAAAUGCAAACUUGAGUAGCUUAGGCACAGGCAGAUUUGGAAGUAGCGCUCUGAGUAUCUUGAAAAAUUAGGAAGAGGAGAUUGAAGAAAGAUGAGAAUUUAUCUGAUUCAUUUGGUGCUACAUUUCACUUUGCUGAAGAGGCCAAGCAACAAAACUGUCAGUAGUUUGGCUUAAUAUUUUUUCCCAACAGGGAGAAGAUCUACAAUGCAAUACAUUUACUAAUGGUGAUGUAAUAGUAGUGUUGACAUAGAUUUCUUCUUUACUCAAAGUUUAGGUUAUGAACCAACCUAAACUGUUUUUAUAACUUAGGGCAUAAACUGGGAAUCAACCAUUUCAUCUUUUACGUGCAGUUAGGAAGCACAUUUAGAAUGUAGUCAGUUUUUUUCCUGAUUGCUUUAUAAUUUUUUCUAUGGAGCAUUAGGUAAAGAAAUUAUAUCAACAUGGCAGCUGUUUCAAAAUGCAUUUUGUAUUCUCACCUUGAGACUGAGUAACUAAGGGACCAGUCUUCCAAAAUUUCUCUUUCUGCUGCUUCCCAAGGGAGAGCUGUUAGGGCACAUUUUGGGCUACAAAAUUGGUGCAAAAGGAAGUCUACAUUCUGAAUAGCUUCCAUUCCUCUUUUGGCUAUAAAUAGAGUUUGCUUUGUGCUAUGUAUGUACCACACGUAAUCUGUGUGUGGAAACCUAGAUUUGUGGUACUGGAGAAACUUCACUUCUUAACUCUAGUAUCAGUUUGAGCUAAUUACAAGACUUCAGCUGAAAUGAUGUUAACAAUAAAUUUGUACUUCAAAUUUUGUAGAAAGGGCUUUUACAAAAUGAUAAAGUUGUUUUUUUGGUGUUUCAGCUUGUGGCAGCAUUUUUAAAUGUGUGGAGGACAAGGGUAAAUUACCAUUGGGUGCUUGCAAAGCGAGAUUUAAAGCUGUUCCAGUUGUGUAGCAUAAACAGUGUUAUCAAAUGGAUUUUUACUUUCAGAGGCAUUUGAGGU